CCGAGAUCUAAGGGGUUUUUCUCCCUUGUGAGGCCUGCGGAUACCAUCAGCAGCCUCCCAUCUGCCUCUCCUUCAGUGGCGCGCCUUCAUUUUCGACAAGUUUUGUCCGGGGCUAGUCUCACCAGCAGCUCACCAGCCGGCUCAGGUGGGUGACGCAGAGAGAAGCACAAAGAUGCCGGCUUGUAUGGAGGCUGCCGGUGCCCUGGCGUUCACCCUCGACGGGCAGAAAGUGGUUGUGAAGGCCGCCGAUGUCGAUCCGUCGCUCCCGCUCGCGUCGUUCCUCCGCUCACAUCUCGGCUGCCACAACGUCAAAGUGGCCUGUGGAGAGGGAGGUGAGCACGCGACAUCGCAAUGCAAUGCACUGUGUGCUGGUGCCGGGUGUGUGUGUGUGUGUGGUUGAACAGGGUGCGGCGCGUGCACUGUGCUGCUGGAGCGGCAGGACCCUUCGACCAAGGCCAUUGAGCGCCACACCGCCCUGUCGUGCAUCAAGCCACUGCCCUCUGUCCACGGCUGGAACGUCACGACGGCCAAGGGGCUCAAGGACCGCAGCGGCGCCCUGCACAAGAGGAUGGAAACACUCAACGCGGCACAGUGCGGGUGGGUGAGCCGGCCGGGCAGGAUCAGGCGGACAAUGAAAGGCGUGUGUCGCUGUCUGUGUCUGUGUGUCUGUUUGUCUAGGUACUGCACACCUGGUUUCGUUGUCAGCCUUUAUGACACGCUGACGUCGGCGGGUGGCGACCUGACGACCGACCGGCUCAAGGGAGAGCUGGACGGAAACCUGUGCAGAUGUACAGGUGGGUCUACUGGAUGGGUGGGGAAAUGAAAUGGUCACACACCACAUACCGCUCCGCUCCCUCUUUCAGGCUACCGGUCCAUCCUCGACGUAUGCAAGAGCUUCUGCACCGACGCACCGGCCCACCUGAGGCCGACCACACCCGACAUCGAAGACGCCAUCCCCCCUUGCAAAUGGCCCACACCCGUCCCGCAGCCCCUCCCAUCCACCCCUCCCCCCCUCCUCAAGAACGCCUCCCUCACCUGGCACACCCCCAGCAGCCUCGCCGAGCUGCACAGCAUUUUUCGCUCGCUGCGGCAGGACGGCAAGGUGCGCCUGGUGGGCCACAACACGUCCGUGUGCUGGCAGGAGAAGGCGAAAGAGGAGGAGUGCGUCAUUUCCCUGGAGAGGGUGGAAGAGCUGGCAGGGAUUCACGUGACCGAGAGGGCGAUCCGCGUGGGCGGACAGGCGACCAUCAGCGAGCUGAUAUCGGUCAUCGACAAGGAGGCGACCAAGACGGCGACGUACGCCGCGCUGUCCGCCCACCUGAGGCACACCGGCAGCAAGCAGCUCAGGAACGAGGGCACAGUCGCGGGCAAUCUGAUGCUCGUCAAGACGAUGGCCUUCCCAUCGGAUAUCGCUCCCCUCCUGCUGGCCUGGGGCUGCCGCAUUGAGUACAUCGACCUCGACGCACCAACACCGUCGGCAGCACAGACACAAAUGGUGGAUCUGGAGGCAUUUCUCGUCGCCGAUGCGCCCAAGAUGGCUCUCAUCGUCGCCAUCGUGCUGGACAAGCAGAAUGAGGGCGCCUUCUUCCGCUCGUAUCGCACUGCAAUGCGCAAGCACUACGCACACGCGACAGGUGGGAAAUGGCGAAAUGACAACACGAAGACAGCCAGAGGUCCAUCCAACGAGCACAUGCGUCUUGUGUUGUCUUGUGUGCAGCCAAUGCUGCAUUCUGGUGUGAGUUUUCUCCCUCGUCUUCCGGCGUGGUGUCUGCGGUGCGGCUGGUGGCUGGGGCGGUGAGCGACCGGCCGCAGCGGGCACGCCAGACCGAGGCCUUCCUGCUCGAACAGGGCCUCACCAACAAGACGGUGACGAGGGCCAUCGAGAUGCUCACGGAAGAGGUACACACACACACACACAGAGAGAGAGAGAGAGAGAGAGACAUUAGUGCGUCGUGUGUGGAUGGAUGGAUGGAUGUGUCCACUCACUCACUCAGGUCACCAUCGGAGCAUCGUCCCAUGACAGCGAGUCCUAUCGCAAGUCGCUGCUGGCCGGCUACCUCUACCGCUUCCUUCUCGAGUGCAUCAACCGACAUGACAACACCCGCACCAGCACCCCCUCCCCCAGCAGCACCAGCACCCACUCAACAACAACAGCCGACACCGGUCACCUCAACGGCACCACACACACAGACACAGACACGGACCCUGACACUGACAUCGACAGAGAGGGAGGAGGUGCCCGGAUAUGGCAGCCACUGGCCAAGCCAGACAACGAGAGGCUUGUCACGGGAGACGCCAAGUACACUGGUGAUGUGGCGAUGGACAAGAGGGCGCUGUAUGGUGCGUACGUGACGAGCGAGCAUGCAAAGGCGACUCUGCUGAGGGUGGAUGGGAGCGAGGCCAUGAGGGUCGAUGGCGUGGUGGACAUCGUGACCAGUGAGGACUUCACCCUCAACCGCAUGAUCAACACAGGUCGGUGGCUGGGGCAGUGAGUCAGUCGUCCUUGACCCACACAAAGUGUGGUGGUUGUGGUGGUUUCACGUGAAAUUGGUCAGUGACCGCGUGGGACACGAAUCUGCUCGAGAGUGUGGUGCCGAUUGGGGGUCAGUCUCGCUUCGUCGGCCAGCCUGUCGCCCUGGUGCUCGCCGCCACCGAAGACACCGCACGCAAAGCCGCACACGUCGUCAAAGUACAUACCCUCCCGGCACCGAGAGAGAAGGAGGGAGGGAGGGAGGGAUCUCACAAGCCCACACACUCUCUCCUUCCCCACUUGUGUGUGGCUGUGCAGGUGGAGUGGGCUGACAUCCAGACACCAGUAGUGACGAUCGCGCAAGCCAUGGCCGCCAAGAGGGAGUACAAGAAAAUGUUUGAGGGCAGGAAAGGCGACAUCGCACCGUUCGAGGCCGUCUUCAGCAGCAGAGGCACAGCCGACCUGCAAGUCGUCAAAGGCAAAGUGGACUGCGGCAGCCAGGUAGGAGCAUCCAGAAGGGAUACCACAGACGGGGAGAGGGUUUCCUUACUGUCGUCGCGUGUGUUGUGUUGUUAUGUGUCGAUCAGUUGCAUUUCUACCUGGAGCCGCAGGUGGCUGUGGCAUGUCCCGACGAGGACGGCCGCAUGACGGUGCACACCGCCACACAGGGGCCGCAGUACGUCCACGAGGUCAGCCCAUUAAUGCAUCGAAAACACGGCCAUGGCCAUUCUGCGCCCGCAUGUCUGUCUGUCUGUAUCCUGGACACUCAGAAUGUCGCGCUGGCACUGGGCCUCCCCCAGCACAAAGUCGACGUCCGACUCAGGUGCGGCAGAUGGGCACGCAAACAAUUAGCGGUGGGCAUCCGUGUCUGUCUGUGUCUGUAUAGGCGUCUGGGUGGCGGUUUCGGGGGCAAGUCGACUGGCUCGGUGCCAGUGGCCAUCAUGGCGGCCGUUGCGGCGAGAAAGGCAGGCCGUCCGGUCCACGUCAGCCCCACUCGCCAUCAAGACGCAGCCAUGACCGGCGGCAGGUCAGUCAGUCAGUCAGUCAGACACACUGGGCCACAAACAGGCAGACACAAGCGUGCAUGUGCCUGCCAUUCACUGUGUGUUGUGUGUUGGUUCAGAGAGGAGAUCGAGUUGGACUACGAGGCGGCCUUCGACCGUUCCGGCCGCAUUCACGCCAUCAGGGCCUCGGUGCACGUCAACUGCGGCUGUGCCGGCAAUCUCGCAUACAUGUGCGGCAAAUACGUAAGCACACCCGGUCCGGACUGUGCUGUGGUGUGGUACAUGACUGACAUGAUCAACCAGCGCGUUCCAUUCAGAUUGCGGAGUUCCUCGAGCAGGCCUACGAGCUGCAGAACUUCUACCUGCUCUCCAAGCUGUGGAUAACGGACCUCCCCAUGCGGAUGCCCGUGAGAGCACCAGGCGGCCUCCCCGCCGCCCUCGCCAUCGAGACCAUCCUCGACCACAUUGCCUCAUCCCUCUCACUCGACCAGGCGGACGUCAGGCGCGCCAACCACCUCACGGAAACGAGCUUGACGUCGGCCAUGUACGUCAACGGCGAGAUGGCAGCCGCGCCCCGGCAGCUGACGGUGCCGGUGCAGAUUGCGAGGAUCCACGACGAGGUGUGCGCUUCGAGUGAGUGGGGGCGGCGUGUGGCCGAGGUGGCGGCGUUCAACAAGGCUCAUCGGUGGCGCAAGAGGGGUCUGGGAUUGAUGGGGCUGCGGUUCCCGCGCCCCCUGUUCGCGAGCAACGCCGUCAUCAACGUGCACGUCGAUGGGACGGUGCUGCUCCACCAUGAGGGUGUCGAGAUGGGUCAGGGCCUGCAUGUCAAGGUCAUCCAGGUACUGACUGCAGUAGCUGAGCUCGUAAUGCCACAGCAUAGAUAGACAUAGACGUGUGUGCAAGUAUUCUCCGUCUGUGACUUAUGGAUCGGCCAUAGGUUGCCUGCGACACCCUCGGUACGCGGCUGUUCGGUUACCCUCUCCCGGCGUCGCUCGUCCGGUCCGCCGACUUCGCCACUGAGUUCAUGUAUGUGAGCAACCAAGACGUCUGUUUGUUGGACCUUCAUGUCAUUCGCUGGCUGCACCAUGAUGUGUCCUGUCCGUCCGUCCGUCUGUCUGUGUGUAUUGUGUCCUGCCUGCCUGCCUGCUGCAGGCCGAACCCGUGGCUGACGGCCGCGUCAAGCACCUCCGAGCGCAUGUGCUUCGCCAUGCAGGACGCAGCAAACAGGAUGGCAGAAAAGCUAAUGCCCUUCGUCAACCAGGUCAGCUCCACACACACAUACUGGUACCCCCACACCCACCCCACUUUCAGCACACGACAUCAGUCAGUGUGUUGUGGCUGCAUGCUGUGGUGUGUGUGUUCAGGAGAGCGCCGAUGGACAAGUGGCGGAGCGGUGGAAGGAGGUGAUCUUGGCGGCAAAUGGUGCGAAGGUGAAUCUCCAGCAGCAGGGUGAGUGGCGGCCGUCCAGCGGCAAUGUCAUCGACUUCUAUGACACGUAUGGCGGCACCGUGGCAGAGGUGAGAUACAUAACUUACAUGAUUGCAUAUGGAGAGGGAGAGGGGAGAGGAGAGAUCGAUUGCUGUGUCAUACGGUUGGCUCUAUAUGCGGUGUGUGUAGGUCGAGAUCGAUGUGUUGACGGGGGAGCACUCCGUCCGCGCUUUUCAUAUGUCUUACGACUGCGGAAAGUGAGCUCCUGGACACACACAUACACACACACGCACACGCUGUCUCGACCGGUCUGUCUGUUGUGUGUGCAGGUCUAUCAACCCAUUGGUCGACAUUGGCCAAGCAGAAGGAGCGGCAAUCAUGGUGAGCUGACUGAGCCCCCAACCACACCACACGCAUUGACAGAGAAUGCAUCCCACCCCACCCCACCCAUGUGUGUCUGUCUGUCUGUCUCUGUGUGGAUCUCCGUCCGUCCAUCUCUUGAUCCAUCCAUCCAUCCACAAGGGUCAGGGCUUCUGCACGAGUGAGCAGGUCACAUGGGACGCCACCGGGCGACUCAUCAACGACGGCACCUGGAUGUACAAACCACCACUCGCCCCAGACAUGCCCACGUACACAACACAACACAACACACCACACCACACACCCCAACACACAUCUACUGAUUCCUCUCUGUGCAUAUGUGUGUGUGAGUGCACUGCAGUGACUUCCGCGUCCAUCUGCUGGACAACAGUGCCUUCCCCGGCGGCUUCGCCAGCAGCAAAGCGACGGGCGAGCCGCCACUUCUCGGCAGCGUGUCGAUCUUCCUGGCCAUCCAGCAGGCCAUCCGCAGCGCGAGAUCUGACGCCGGUGAGGAAGGGUUCUUCACGCUGUCCACCCCCGCCACGUGUGCCAAGAUACAGCAGUCGUGCGGCACCAAGAUUGAGGAUAUGACCGUCGAGGCGGCCAAGAGAGGGGAGUGAUCGAUCAGCUGGACGGGCAGCGAGUUGCGAACUUUAUUCGUUCGUGCAGCGUGCAGCGCGGUGAGGUGCACGGACACGUGUGUGUGUGUGUGUGUGUGUGUCCCUGCGCUCGAUCUGAGUUGCCCCCGAAUAUGGGUCGGGUGACUGGAGGAUCCAUAGGAUACAUUACAUGGUCAGUCACAGACGGCCGCUUUGUGGCACGCAUGCAGCACAACACAGCGUCUCCAUGUAAUGUCAUCAGCUACACACAGACACAGACAGAAAAAAGAUCGUCGGCCAGGGAUCGCACAACCACUGGCAUCCGUGUGCAUGAGAUGAGUGUUUGGGUGUGUCCACGCGCUGCUGCACACGCGCAUUCAUCAAUUUCGCAAA